CGCAUCUGAAUGCAUUAAUUACGUAAAAGUACACAUUACACAAAUUCAAGGUAAGAUACAACCAGUUCAUUCUGAUUUUUAAGUCACUGAGUCGGUGCAAUUUUUACGAAAUUUUGUGCAAAAAUAUUUCUUACUUUACCGUGCAAUACAAUAUGCUUGAAUUACUUUAGCAUAUUGCGAGUUUAAACAAAAAUUUUGUUAACCAUAUAAAAAAAAUAAUCAAUAGACUGAAAAAUGCUGUUGAUUAGCAAAAUCUUACCAUAAUUAAACCCACUGAUUUGUGUGUAGUGCGUUAGCAACUAUGGACAUAGGACUGAUUGGAGAAAAACUGUAAUAAUAGUAAUUUUUGUAUUAAGUGCGCGAAAUGAGUGUUUUUUUAAUGGCGCCUGAGAAUGUUAUUUUAGUCGAGACCGCCAGGUCGAGACCUAAAAGACAUUCGAAGGCGCCAUUAAAACAUGAAUUUCGCCACGAAAUACAAACAACGUUUUUUCUACAGCCUCCAGAUGAAGAAAAAAGUAACAGAAAUUAGUUGGAACAAAAUGGUCUGAUAAAUCGAGUUGCUUGCAUGGUUACGAUGAUAAAUAAAAGUGAUAGUUGCGAAAAAUUUGUCACAAUAGGUAUUUUUGUUGAAGAAGUGUGAUGGAUUUUAGCAGCGAAAACGAAAUAGAUGCAAUUGCAAGCGCGGCAGUGUCGAAUCUUUUGCCUGCUAAAUCAAGACCGCAGUACGAAAAAACGUAUCUUCAGUUUCGGCAGUGGUGUUCUAUGAAAAAGAUUGAUCAAGUAACGGAAAAUGUUUUGUUGGCGUAUUUGGAAGAAAAGUCUACCACCUUAAAGCCACCAACACUCUGGGCCCUUUAUGCGAUGUUGAAAGCCACCUUAAACGUUAAAGAGAAUAUCGAUACACGUAAGUUUCCGAAGUUAGUGCCCUACCUGAAAAGCAAAAGCGUAGGUUACAGAAGCAAGAAGUCGCAAAUUUUAGACAAAGAAGACAUUAGCAAGUUUAUUAAUGAAGCAGAUGACAAGAUAUAUUUACUGAUGAAGACUGUGCUAAUUUUGGGUAUAUCGGGAGCCCUUCGACGUGAAGAAUUAGUUAAAAUGAAGCUAACUGACAUAGAAGAUAAACAGUCUGUCUUAAUUGUGAAGGUGCCUGAUACAAAAACCCACUGCGAACGAAUAUUUACUGUUUCAAAUUUAGAAAAUAUAGAAAUUGUCAGAAAAUAUAGAGCUUUGCGGCCUCCACGGGCGACUAGUGACCGUUUAUUUUUAAAGUAUACCAACGGAAAAUGUGUGAAUCAAAAUGUUGGAAUUAACAAAAUCGGAGAGAUACCAAGUUUGAUUGCAAAGUGGCUUAACAAAGACGAACCUAAAAAAUAUACUGGUCACUGCUUCAGAAGAAGCUCUGCCACUCUUUUGGCGAAUGCUGGAGGUGAUCUAAUUUCAAUUAAACGUCAUGGGGGCUGGAGAAGCAGCACAGUGGCAGAAAGUUACAUCGAGGACUCUUUGAAUAAUAAAAUUGAAAUUGCCAAUAAAAUUCAACCUUCUUCCUCCACAGAAGAAAACAAAAUCACUCAACCUUCUACAUCGGCUUCUUUUAAUGGCGAAAAUAACUUUCAUUUACAAGCGUCUUCACUCAGGCCUCUGGGGAUAAACGGGGGCACGUUUUCGUCAUGCACAUUUAAUUUUCAUAUGUCAAAGUAAAUAUCUAUUAUUAUUGUUUUGUAAUAUUGUUCUGUAUAAUUAUAAAACCUUUAAAACUA